ACCACCGGAAAUAGAGGGAAUCUGAUGUGAAUCCUUUUUGAUGCGAAAAAAAUUGAUCUCUGUCUUUUCCCAAAGCUCUGUUUGAAAAGCGGGGAGCAAGAUAUCAUCUUGCUCCCCGCUUUUCAAAAUAACGAAAAAAAAAAGCAUUCGAAACGAAGAGGCCUCGUAACGACCGAGAAGAUCUCAAACAAAAAAAGAGAGCAAGCUGAGGUUCAUUUCAUUAACUGAAUUUGAAAACUGUGUUAACAAUUGGAAGAACAGUGAAUUAAAUCUGGCGGGAUUCUUCUUAAAGAACGCAACUGGAUGUUGCGCCUUCGAGGCGCACGCUGCUGGAAUAGAAUCCUCAGCACUCACUUGAUUCAACGGUAUAUACGUAAACGAUCCUCAUGGUUCUUCACGUAUGGCGUAAAUUCAAUUAGCGCUGUAGAAUUUUCCUGGGAUGCAUCGCGAUCGAUAAGAUGUACUUUUGAACUUCUGGUGUCGAUUUCGAGGAAUCACUGCCUUUCAUCGAAAUCAAUUGAAGGAUUGACGUCUGGUAUAUUACAACGGGUGUCGUUGUAUCUGCAGCGCAAGCCACAGGCGCUAUGUUCGAACGGAUUCGGGAAGAUUAUCGUCCCAGGAAAGGACUACAAGUUCUCAUCGCACUAUAUGCUCCUACACGCUUGGAGCCGGAAACGUUAUGUUACAAGUGGAAGAUACCACAGUCUGCAUUGUUUCACCAUCCAUUGUGCCUUUAGCUUAGUCUAAAGUGUACAACAUUCUACGUUGUAUCAUAUUCUUCAGGAUGAGACUGCUUCUCAUCCUGAAGAAUAUGAUACAUCCUGAACCGGAAAUAAUAAUUUAAAAGAAAUGAAGAAUAGGAAUUACUCGUGGCCUAACCCAUGGAGCCCUGACGACAUUAUUAUUGCAUGCUGUUACCAAGCUAAAGCUGCACUCGGUAAUCAGAAGCAGGAGUUUAUCGCGCUUCCGUCUGAUUGUUCUAUCGUUUAAGGAAUUUUGUUUACUUGUAAAGUAACAACUAUAUCAUGUGGUCCUUUAUGGCAUAAAACAUGCUGUACGCUAUUGGGGGGUCGUUUAAUGUGCCUUAUUACGUAGCCUUAUGCACAAACUGUAAGUGACGUGUCUAUCUAUCUGUUUGUCUGCCAAACAAAACAUCAAACUUGUAAUUAUAAAAGAAGCCGUAAUUUUUUUUUCACUAUUAUAAGUUGGCCUGAAAGUUAUAGUAACGUGGUUGACCGCAAAUAACAAGUAACUUGUGAGCGUGGUAUUUGAUUCUUCGGAUCCAAAUAAAUGUAUUUGUUCUCUCCUGGGAAUUUCAAGCAAUAAGGAUCGUCGGUCGCGUAGGCAUAAAAUAUAUUCAAAGUACCGAACUAUUCCCACUUGGUCAAAUGGGUGUCGGUAACAUAAACUUGUAAAUGAAAAUUUAGAUGUG